AUGAACCGUGCCGAUGCCAUGGACGCCCUGGUGAUGAUUCAGCCCUCACUCAUUGCAUAUAGUUUCGACGGGCCCCCACAACCAGUGCUUCUGGACUCGAGCAGUUUAGGACCGGACCGUAUUCUUCUGCUGGAUUCGUUCUUCCAUAUACUCAUCUGGCACGGAGAAACCGUCGCCGCAUGGCGUAAAGCGGGAUACCAAAACCAAGCCGAAUACGAGAACUUCAGGUUACUGCUCGAGGCACCGGUGAAGGACGCUAAGGAUAUAAUCAACGAGCGCUUCCCCGUGCCCCGUUUCAUCGAUACGGACCAAGGCGGCAGUCAAGCACGCUUCUUAUUGGCCAAGGUCAACCCUUCACAGUCACACAACAACGCCCACGCCUACGGAGCAGACCCCUCGGCUGCCCCAGUGAUCACAGACGAUGUGAGUCUGCAAGUGUUUAUGGAGCAUCUGAAGAAGCUGGCUGUGUCUAGCAGUACUUAG